AUGCGCCUCCUCCCCCUGGCCCUCACCGCCCUAACGGCCACCAUCACCACCACCCUAGCGGCCUCCUCCUCCUCCCUCGGCAUCGAAGUCACCCACCCCGUCGAAUGCAGCCGCAAGACCCAAAGCGGUGACACAGUGCACAUGCACUACCGCGGCACGCUGGCGGCGGACGGCUCCGAGUUCGACGCCAGCUACAAGCGCGGCCAGCCGUUGGUGUUCAAGUUGGGUGCGGGGCGGGUGAUUAAGGGCUGGGACCAAGGCCUGCUGGACAUGUGCAUCGGCGAGAAGCGGACGUUGACGAUCCCGCCCGAGUACGGGUAUGGGAGUCGUGGCGUGGGCCCGAUCCCCGGCGGGGCGACGCUGGUCUUCGAGACGGAGUUGGUGGGGAUUGAUGGGGUGGCGAAGGAUGAGUUGUAAUUGUUCUUAAGUCUGGUUUUGGUUUUUGGAGAGAGAGAGUUGGGUUUUCGUUUUUGGCUUUGGAGAGAAGGUUGGGAAAGGGGGUGGUGAUGUGGAUGUGGAUGUGGAUAUGGAUGUGGCUUACUCGUUACUGCACAGUACAUAACAUCGAAAUGCUAAAGUCCAGCUUUAUGUCUAGAAGGCGCAAGUAUCUAAAGUAUGCGCGGAUAACUUUUAACAGGUAUCUUUCUAUAUACAU